GCCAUAGAUAACAAAACGAGUAACAACCAUAGAUUAUGGAAAUAUAUACUAUCGUAUCUAUGAUGAGCAAGAAAUAAAUUUAAAGGGCAAGUAAAUACAGUAAAUUAUGUUUUUACAAGAAAAAAACUGUAUAGCAAUAAAAAGUGAAUUAUUUGAAGAUAAUUACAAUAUUGACGGAAUGUGUUGUUAUUCUGAUAAAGAAAGUGAUAGAAAAAACGAGCUUUUAAAUGUAGGCAUUAUAAAAGAAGUUAAUAUAAAAAAGGAAGUAGAAGAUAAUACAUUUAUAAGUGAAAUUGAGUUUGUUGACCGAAUGGUGCAUUUUGCUCAUGAAGAUAAUAGAAAAACCGAACUUUUACAAGCAGAUGAUAUAAUAAAAGAAACUAUUUUUUUAAAAAAGGAAGUACUAGAUAAUACAUUUGAAAGUAAAAUCGAGCUUAAUGUUAAUAACAAACCUCAGCUGUUGAAAUGUGAAAUUUGCGGACAGAGAUGUAAGAAAAAAAGUGAUUUGAUGCGUCAUGAGAUGGUACAUACAGGUGAACGUCCAUUUGAAUGUCCAAUUUGCGGCAAACGUUUCAUUAGAAAGUCGCACAUUAGCAGUCAUGAACGCGUUCAUACCGGAGAAAAACCAUACAAGUGUCAAGUGUGUCAGAAAAGGUUUCCCAAAAAAAAUAAUGUCAAUGUACAUAUGCGCGUUCAUACGGGAGAAAAACCAUUCAAAUGUGAAACAUGUGAACAGAGAUUUACUGAAAAAAGUGGUUUGAGGCGUCAUGAAAUGUUGCAUACUGGCGAACGUCCGUUUGAAUGUUCCGUUUGUGGCAAACGUUUCGUCAAAAACUCGAAUUUGACUAGUCACGUUCGUGUCCAUACCGGAGAGAAACCGUACGAGUGUCAAGUAUGUCAGAAAAAGUUUGCCGAAAAAUACUGUCUCGAUGGACAUAUGCGCAUUCAUACGGGGGAAAAACCAUACGAAUGUAAAAUUUGUUUGCGUAGAUUUUCGCAUAGAUCUUCUCUUAAAAAGCACAUGCUCACACAUACAUAAAACCAGGGACAAACGCAGAUGUUAAGCAAAAGUAUGCAUUUUUAGAUAAUAAUAGAAACAUUUUUCUAAUUAUUUAAGUUGCACUACAACAGUUCUGAACUAAAUAGGGAAAAUACUGCGACACCCAGUAGUAAAACGUUAAAGUACAAUUGUUAUUUUAGGAGCACUAAAAAAAAACCGAAAUAGUAUAUAUACAAUAAGUGAUGAUAUAAAAUUGUAUUCUUUUAAUUUCA